AAAAAGGCGAAUAAUAACCUUUCAUUUUAAUAGUGUACGGAAUUACGCUUCUUUUGCGGCUAGAAAAGCCAUGAAAAAUCAAACCAAAAUAAUCAAAAAUUCAAUGAGGCAAGUAAGCCAAGGGAGAUGUAAGCUGGAAGUCUCCUCUCCUCAUUUUCACCAGGCAAGCUCCCCUGAGGAUCAUAAUGUCUGAAACAGUACAUAGAUCCAAGAAAAAAUCCACUAAUAUGUGAAAUGGAUCAAUGGCCCAGGUCUUAUGCCGAAUCCAAAACUUCCUUAAGCAGACACCGUGGUAGAGAACAAGUGUUAUCAUGUAUACCUGUAAAUCUACCAAUAGUCAAAUGACAAAUUUGUUGCAGUAAAGAAUAAUAGUAAUAAUGCUUAGACAAGGGAAAGCAUGUAUUAGCUUAUCCAUUCUUUGGACACGCUGAAUGGAAUCAGAUGUCAAAUUCUUUCGAAAUGAUGCCCAAUUUGUAAAGUCAAACGACCCACUUUUGAUGAAACCGGCCCUUUUAACGGUAGAUGGUGAUGGCUUCGGCAAUUGAUGACGCCAGAUUGAAAACGUUUAUAUCCGGCCAAGACUCAAACAUGAAUUUCAAUCAUGUAUCAUUAUCAAGACAGUUAAUUUAAGAUAGAUCCAAUGAAUGUAUAUGUGUUUUUUGAUUGAUAUUCCAAAGUCGGUUUUACAUUUUGAAAACUUAACAUACUUUUUGUUACCAGCUUCAUUUGUUACGUGCAUCAUAAUUCCUAUAUCGAUGAUUUUCCGGCUUACAAUUGAUUUCUCAUUGUUUGAUGAACGUCAAUGGCUCUAACGAGCAAAAGAGGCUUGCAUCUCCCCUGUCAAGCAAUUCUAUGAUUGUAUUCAAUUGUGAAUGAAUUUAAGCAUGAUUUUCUUUUGUGUAGCAAUUUCGUGCUCGAAUGGUGAUGAUAUCAAAAGCGAAAAUCCCAUCACUUGCUCAGGAUUUGAUUGCUCCGAUAUCUUUGAUGACAAGCUUGCCACCGGAGUUGCCCUUCCUGAAGCAUACGUUCAACUCAACCUUGGCAAUCCUGACAAAGAUAUUCAUUCGAUGUUAUUUCACUUUGAUCCCACGACUACGGUUCCCAAAGACAUCUUGCUGACCAAUUGUGGCACGCAAUCCCAGACUUUUCGAUUGGAAGACAAGUCCAUAUCGUUCCUGAUUCUUGACCAACCUUGGAGCACAAAUUGCUUAAACGUGACAUUUGGACCCGAGAUGUUUGUCCACAAUUUGAACAACGACGUAGUGGUGAUUCAGGCCAUAUAUUUGGUUGGACACCCUUGCUAAUUCAGAGCAAUUAUUCAACUCUUUGAUUCGUUUGUAAAGAUGUGUAAGGAACAACGGUUUCAGCGAAAUACAGUAAAGCAAAGUAGA